AUGGAGCAAAAGAAACAUUUCCCUAUUGUUUUCAAAUUUUCGGUCACUACCCUUUAUUUGUUAGCGCAGUCUUUUGGUUUUUGUGCUGCUGGAAAUCAGAGAGGAAAAUGGCAGGUUCUUCUAAACAGCACAGGUGUGGUGGCCAUGCACAUGACACUAACCCACCACAACACUGUCAUACUCUUUGACAAGACAGGCUCUGGCCCCUCCAAUUACCGGAUCCCUCGGCGCAACAACGGAACAGGGUGCACGGGGAACCGCGCCAGCUUGAUAGAUUCAUCCUGCUAUGCUCACUCCAUUGAGUAUGACAUUUCUGGAAACACACUUAGGCCCCUGGUUAGGCUGGACACGGAUCCCUGGUGCUCCUCGGGUUCUUUCCUGAGCAAUGGAACCCUUAUUCAGGCUGGUGGUUAUGGCAGUGGCACGCGAAGAAUCCGGUACUUUGAGCCUUGUGAUGAUGGACAGUGUGAUUGGCGGCAAUCAAGGACAAUGCUAUCCGAUGGAAGGUGGUAUGCUUCGAAUUUGGUACUACCUGAGAAAGAUAGGGUCAUUGUUGUUGGUGGAAGAAGGGUGUUCACUUAUGAGUUCCUACCUAAAGUGUCCUCCAAGGACACAUAUUCAUUCAAUCUUCCCUUCUUGCACCAGACUUAUAGCAAAAGGGAAGGAGGAUUCAAUCUUUACCCCUUCCUUCACCUUCUACCGGAUGGAAGUUUGUUCAUUUUUUCUGACAGGGAUUCGAUCGCUUUUAGUUAUAAACGGAACAAGGUGAUCAAGACCUUUCCUAGGAUCCCAGGAAAUGGAUCUAGGACACACCCGAGUACAGGUUCAUCCGUGAUUCUCCCUUUGGAACACAGUGACCGGUUCCAAAAAGCGGAGGUCAUGGUGUGUGGAGGAGCAGCUUCAGGAGCUUAUAGAGCUGCCAAACGAGGCAAAUUCUUGGAAGGCUUGAGCUCUUGUGGAAGGAUGGUGGUCACAGGACAUAGGCACAAGUGGAAGAUGGAGAACAUGCCCGGACCUAAGCUAUUAAACGACAUGCUGAUCCUCCCAACAGGUCAUAUACUAAUCAUAAAUGGCGCGCAAAGGGGAUGUGCAGGGUAUGACAAUGCAGCAACUCCUUCUCUCCAUCCUUACCUCUACAGCCCAAAGAAGCAACUAGGAAGAAGGUUUUCAAUCCUGAAGCCCACUAGAAUAGCUAGGAUGUAUCACUCCUCAGCCAUUCUUCUUCCUGAUGGGAGGGUCUUAGUCUCAGGUAGUAACCCUCACAGUAGGUACAGAUUGAGAAAUGUGACCUACCCUACUGAACUGAGAAUGCAGGCUUUUAUCCCACACCACAUGGACAGUCAAUUCCACCGUUGGAGGCCGAGCAACGUGUCGAUAUACUACAGCAAUGGCACCAAUGACAUCCUGUAUGGUCAAGAAUUCUCUGUUAGGUUCCGGCUAAGGGGGAAGCCGGGCAGGGUGGUGAUCAGUGCCUAUGCGCCGCCUUUUACAACUCACUCGAUUUCGAUGAAUCAGAGGAUGCUGAGGCUGAGCUGCAAAAAUGUGGUUAGGAAUGGGGAUGGUUGGAAUAGUGCACUUGUGUAUGCUCCUCCAUCUCCUAAUGUUGCACCUGCUGGAUAUUACUUGCUCACUGUUGUGAAUGAUGGAAUUCCUAGCAUGUCUCAGUGGGUUAGGUUCAUACAUGCCUGA